UUUUUUUUAUUAAAAAAAAACAAAAAAAAUUCGAAUUUCCUCUAUUUACGAUCUCUCCGCCAAUACUCUAACCCCCCCCUGUGUCUGUCUACAGUUCCUUUCUCUACCAUCAUCUCCUCCUCGUGAAUUCUUUCACAUUAUUCUCUCCGAAAUGUCUUGACACACUAAAGUAACUGCCUUUUUAUUAAUUAAUCUCUCCGUUUACAAAGAAUGGCAACCUCGGCGUUUAAAUCCACGACAAAGAGGACACCUCUCGGCAACGACAAGUCGUCUUCCUCUGCUCACCGGCGUUCACGGAGUCUGAGCCGCUUCUCCCGACCGAUUCCUCCCGACGACUUUUCCGAUGAUUCUACGGCACCGUCGAGAGGGAGGUUCGUGAACAUGGAUAGAGGAUCGGGAGUUCCGGAUAUAAGUCUCGACGAUCUCGCUAUUCAGUUGUUGAGUUUAGGUGAUCGAGGGCGGUCGGGUUUUAGAAGUGGUGACGUCAGUUAUGGGGAGAGAGUUGCGGGUGGGUCCCUGAGGAGAGGAAGGUCUGUGUCGAGGCAAGGCGGUGAAAGUAAAAAUGACAGCAAGAGUUACAGUCGUGGUGGUGGUGGCGGGAAGGUGAAUUCGGAUGGUAGUAAUUCGAGGAGGAGACGGUCUGUUUCUGUGGUUAGGUAUGAAAUUGGUGAUUCCGAGAGUGACCCAGAGCAUUCUCAGAAUUCAAGAAAUCAUGCUAAUUCAAGACGUCAGAGCAACGGAAACAGCCAGGUCACUUUAUCAAAUAAGCCAUUAGCAUCGAAUCAUAGACCUGGACUGAGAAGGUCUCUUAGCCAGAAAGAUUUGAAGUAUCAUGACGGCUACUCUAGUCAUUCAUCAAGCCUAACUGAUGAUGAAGGGAGGGAUUCUUGUUCCAAUAAAAAUGGAUAUGAGAGAACAAUACGAACAGUUUAUGCACAGAAGAAGGCAGAGCAUCCCACUGGUGAUGAUAUGAACAGCGGGCUGUAUGAAGCAAUGAGGAAAGAACUUAGGCAUGCAGUAGAAGAGAUCAGGAUGGAACUUGAACAAUCUAUGGAGAAAACAAAUAUAGAUUCGAAAUCUGGAAAAUCUGAUGGUUUUCAGGGUGGUUCUACUAUCAGAAGGAACCAUGCAACAAAAUCAGAUCAGUCUGAGAAGUGUAAACAAGAUUUAUUAGUAAAACUAUUGUUGGAGAAGCAACAUGGUAGAGAUAUCUCGAAGAUUGUGAAAGAAUUGCUUGCUGAUCCGAAGAACACUGUUUCAGAAAAGCCAUCAAGAGCCAGAAAGGGGAGUAAUGACAGAAGUAGGAUGUCUGAACGAUUGACAGAAGAAGCAGAGAAAUACUUUGAGGACUUCAUUUCAAAUGUUGAAGAUACAGAUAUUUCAUCUUUGGAUGGGGAAAGGAGUGAUACAAGUUCAACUUUAGGGGGGCUAGCAAAGACAGAAACUUUAAAGAGACCGGUGAUAUCCAAAUCUCAACCUGUAGAAAUGGACGGUGUUGUGCUGCCCUGGUUACAAUGGGAAACUUCUAAUGAUUCUUCUCCUCUAUUCUUAAAAGAUAAGGAGCUAGCAUCGACUCCAAAAAGUAAUUUAUGGGAUGCAGCUCAGGAAGCAACCCCUGCUCAAGAGUUGAUCAUGCACCCCAUCAGUAGCCGUGCAAGCUGUAGCCCAGGACUUACAGAUGGCCACUCAACAAAUAUUAGAGAACUUAAAGGGAGUAAAUUUGGAGAACUUGAAAGCUACAGAAGACGAAUUUCAUUUAGAGGAACAAGGUCACAGUUUGACGUUGAUGAAUAUCUUAAGCGACCAAGUGAUGAAGAUUUUCUUUUAGAAAGUUGGAAGCAACAACAGAGAAUUCAUUCAGGUGGUCUCCUGCUUUGCAACCGAAUGUUUUUCUAGCUGUAAUCCACAAAUCUUCAUGAGGUAGCUGUUGGCCUUCAUCUUUUCCUCAGAAAUCCUUCUCACAAUGUCCUCUGCUUCUAGGUUCAUACUUAAUAGAAGCACUUGCCUUUUUAUACA